UCAUGGUGGAAGGACAGGUAGCCGUUCAACAGCCACAGCAACAACAACCUUCGGGAGCUGGCGGUACUAAUAGCACCACUGGAGCAGGCCAAGGAUCAACGGCAUCCAACAAUGGAACCAACAGCCAAGCUCAAACAAACGGUGGCUCUGCACCUGCAACACCAGUGUCCUCAUCAGCUGGAUCCACAACAAACACAACUGGUGGACAGUUGGGAACUAAUAAUGCGCCCCAAAACAACAACAACAACAACAAUAAUAAUAACUCGGCCGCAAACAACAAUAAUAACAAUGAACCGGAUCCCAAGACCAAUCUAAUUGUGAAUUACUUGCCACAGACCAUGUCCCAGGAUGAAAUACGUUCGUUGUUUGUUAGUUUCGGGGAGGUGGAGAGCUGUAAACUAAUCCGCGACAAGGUGACAGGUCAAAGCUUGGGCUAUGGUUUCGUCAACUAUGUGAAGCAGGAGGAUGCAGAAAAGGCUAUAAAUGCCUUGAAUGGUUUGCGGCUUCAGAAUAAAACUAUCAAGGUCUCUAUUGCUCGCCCCAGUUCCGAGAGCAUCAAAGGUGCAAAUCUCUAUGUAUCGGGUCUUCCAAAAAAUAUGACUCAGUCCGAUUUGGAAUCAUUGUUCAGUCCAUACGGCAAGAUCAUAACUUCGCGCAUACUAUGUGAUAAUAUCACUGGUCUCUCCAAGGGCGUUGGUUUCAUACGCUUCGAUCAACGAUUUGAAGCCGAUCGUGCUAUCAAGGAGCUAAAUGGUACCACACCAAAGAAUUCCACCGAACCCAUCACCGUCAAGUUCGCCAAUAAUCCCAGUAGCAACAAGAAUAGCAUGCAACCGCUGGCAGCCUACAUAGCCCCCCAAAAUGCGAGGGGCGGUCGAGCAUUUCCGGCGAAUGCCGCUGCAGGAGCAGCAGCCGCCGCCGCUGCCGCUGCCAUUCAUCCAAACGCAGGUCGCUACAGUUCUGUAAUCUCACGCUACUCACCGUUGACCAGCGAUCUGAUCACCAAUGGGAUGAUCCAAGGCAAUACCAUUGCCAGUUCCGGAUGGUGUAUUUUCGUCUACAACUUGGCCCCUGAAACGGAGGAGAAUGUGCUAUGGCAGCUGUUUGGACCUUUUGGAGCUGUCCAGUCAGUCAAGGUGAUUCGUGAUCUUCAAAGCAAUAAAUGCAAGGGAUUCGGUUUUGUUACAAUGACGAAUUACGAGGAGGCUGUGCUGGCCAUUCAGUCGCUUAACGGCUAUACACUUGGCAACCGUGUACUUCAGGUCAGCUUCAAGACCAACAAGAACAAGCAAACGUAAUUAUUAACAAAGUUGGCUGCUGUUGUCAAUGCCAAUGCGACGGCGGCGGCUUUGGCGGCCAAUGGUCUAGUGCUACACAAUCAACACCAUCACAGCACCAUUGGCAACAUCAAAAACACUAACCACAACAACUGCACUGCGGCCUAUCCAUUUGGCAAAUACGCUAAUCAUAGCAACAACAGACAGCACAACAGCAACAUCCCUAGUAACAAUAGCAAUACGAACAAGCCGAAGCCAUCGAACUCGACUAACAAGCAACAAAUAUUGCCUCCACCGAAGAGGCCAGUUAGUAGCAACUCAGUCACAUCAUCCACUGUAGCAUCAACAACAGCAACAAUUCGUAGCAGCAGCAAUGGCCACAAUGAGUCCAAUGGCGAUGCUACUGGAGCCACUGCCACCACCUCCACAUUCUCGUCACCGUCAUCGUCGACCAGCAUCCUCAAGACCUCUACGAAAUUUGUAUACAACAAGCCCCAAAAUCACUUUGAGUUGUUGCAGCAGCAAUUGCAGCUGCAGCAGGAGUUCGCCCAGUUCUUGACUAAUGUGGCAAACAGUGCUGCUGCCGCAGCUACACCCAGCAACAGCUCAACUAGCUCAAUAAGCCAGCGAACCAAUGGAGGCAUCGGACUAGGGCUGGGACAUCCGGUAACCAAUGCCCCCGGUGGCGGUACUGGCAACAAGAACGUCAACAGUAGCAACGGUUAUAUGUCCGCCUGGUCCAAUUGGUUCUAUUAGUGUUAGCCUUAAGAGGCAGCGAUUGCUUAGUUUGUUGCAACCGUCUUCUAUGACGCAGAACGUAUGUCAGCCGU